AAACUCCUCGAAGCCGCAGGCUACAACAUCGUCCUUAUCGACCUCCCCUCCGUCGGCCCCCCAAAAUAUCUCCCCAACAUAGACGCCGACGUGCAAGAAAUCCGAAAAAACAUCGAAAAAGCCGCCGACGCAGGCCAAAACGUCGUAGUCGUCGGCCACAGCUACGGCAGCAUCCCCGCCUCGGAAGCAAUCCAAGACCUCGACAUAAAAUCCCGUCGCGCAGCAGGAAAACCCGGCGGCGUUACCCACCUCUUCUUCCUCGCCGCCUUUAUCAUCCCCGAAGGCCAAACCCUAAUCUCAGCCUUCGGCGGCAACGAUCUCCCCUGGUUCCGCGUCUCCGAAGAUAAAAUGUCCGUGUGGCCCGAAGGUUCGGCGGAGAUUUGUUAUAAUGAUCUUUCGGAAGAAGAGCAGAACGCCGCGGUAGCGAAAUUAGUGCCGCAGAGUUAUCAGGUGAUGCAUUCGCCCGUUACGUAUGCGGCGUGGAGGGAUGUGCCGUGUACGUAUUUGUACUGUACGAAGGACAAUGCGAUUCCGUGGCCGAUUUAG